UUGGGCAAAACUUUGAAAAAGUGACCUAUUCUUCCUUCACUUGUAAAGAUCAUUGCAGGUUUACAAGACGUUGGGAGAACAGAAAAGCUUUCACUAUAAGUGUUUUUGACAAGAUUUAAACUGCUUCAUGGUAGAGUCCAACCCAUGUUCUAGAAGACGACCCCAGUUGCAGCCGUCCGUUAUUAUUAGAACGACUCCAUGGCGUUCUCUAGAACGGGUCACCAAUGGCAACACGUCCUUUGAGUAAACACUAGCUGCAGGUGUACGGCCGGAAAGAUGUAGAGAAGACAACGACGUGUUGAAGAUGAAACCGAUGUCGGUUGUCUGUUUGCUGAUCGUCUCGUGUAUUCUCAGCGCACCGUCACACGCAGAGAUCGCACAGACGACAGACGAGGAAGCCAGCACCGAAAAUGAGAAGUAUUCACUUGAAACGACUAGUGACUCAAAAGAGCCCACUAUUGAUCUGUAUGAGAAACACAGGGACGGAGUGGACGUUACUCUAACAAGUAUUCCAAUACCACAUGCAUCCGAUGGUUCACUGCAACCAUUGCCAGAGCCCUACCAGUUACAAGCAAGUGACUCAAAAUCAGUUGGGGAAGAAGAAAAUGUGGCAAAGUCAAGAACAAAGAGGGCAAAGAAAGGAGGAAAGGGAGGAAAAGGAGGAAAGAAAAACAAGAAGGGGGGAAAGGGAGGAAAGGGAGGAGGAAAGGGAGGAGGAAAGGGAGGAAAGGGAGGAGGAAAGGGUGGUAAGGGAGGAGGAAAGGGAGGAAAGGGAGGAAAGAACCAACCAGUAGAAGAAGAGCCAAUGAUGGAAGAAGAACCACCGAUGGAAGAAGAGCCACCGAUGGAAGAAGAGCCACCAAUGGAAGAAGAGCCACUGAUGGAAGAAGAGCCACUGAUGGAAGAAGAGCCACUGAUGGAAGAAGAGCCACUGAUGGAAGAAGAGCCACCAAUGGGGUAUGUAAACGAAGAAGAGAUUGAGCCAAUGGUGGAAGAGGAACCAGUAGUAGAGCCUAUGUUUGAAGAAGAGGCAGCACCAGCCAACAUAUAUGAGGAUGAACUUAGAAAUAACAGAGAAGAUUACAGACAGGAGUUGAUCGAACACGAGGAGCCUCCUAUCCAAGGUGAUUAUGAAGAACCACCACCUCCUCCACCACCACCUCCUCCACCACCACCUCCUCCACCAGAACCCAUCCAGCCUCCAGUCGUACGGCAGCCACCGCCGCCACCUCCUCCUCCUCCUCCACCUGCACCUGCACCUGCACCUGCACGUGCACCUGCACCACCAGCUCAAGAGGAGUACUUUGAGCCUGAACAGGAGAACAUGGACAUGAUAGAUGUGGAAGAACAACAGCCGGGUGUGAUUGUCAAUCAGUACGAGAGCCCAGGUCCUGGAGAGACCUGGAACCAGCCUCCCCCCGGCCUGGCACCGUUCCAGAUUCAGCCUCAUGCGGGCGCCCAACCUCCACAUGACAACUGGCCAAGUCCGGAGGUUAAUGCACCAGAGCCCGGCCUUGCACCCCAGAUAGUUUCCCCAGGCAGUGAGUCAGCUCUGUACGACACCCAGAAUCCAUUAGGACCAUCUCCGGGGGUUGCUCCUCUGCAUCCCGGGGUAGGACAGCCUGCGUCGUACGACAACAGUCAGAGUGCCUGGGUCCACGGUCCCGAGAUUGUAGAGCCACACCACACGUCGUCAAACGUGUUCCCACAUCCCGAGGUCUCAGGCCCUGAGAUCCUGCCAGUUCCUGAAGUGGGCUUGAGUCCAAACCACCUACAGCCUGGAUCAUACGAGCCAGAAAUGGGUCCAAACCCGUACUCUCAAGACCAACCAUCCAUAAUAGUGGAUCACACCUUGUUCAAUUCUGGCGGUGCCGGAAUGGUACCGCAUGGUGAAGCCCUGCCAGCCGAGAGUUUUGCACACGAGCCCGCCUGGUCAGGAGAGGAUUUUCACAUGGCAAAUGGACAGGGUUUACCACAUGACCAUCACCCAGGCCAUAUUGGGGGUUUACCACAUGACCAUCACCAAGGCCAAAUUGAGGGUUUACCACAUGACCAUCACCCAAGCCAUAUUGAGGGGGAACCACAUGGCCAUCACCCAAGCCAUAUUGAGGGGGAACCACACAACUAUCAAACAGGCCUUAGUGAGAAGGAAGAUUACUUCCAAUUGAAAGAGGCGGCAGACAAGAAUGAACUCCUCCAGAAGCUGAAUGAACUGGAGGAUGAAGUCUCUUCUCUGCAACAUGAAGACCAAGGCCAUGGGAACUUUCCAUUUGGCAAUAUGAAGUCAGAGUCAGAUGAAUAUGAAGAAAGCAUUGGCGAUGAAAUGAGUGCAUCAGUGAACAUCUUCUGCUUCCUCUCUGUGAAAACUCUGGUCCUUGUGACAGCUAUAUUAUCCGUGUUUCUGCACAUCAUGUGAGAAAUAGUUCACACAAUAAAAUAACAUUGUCAUUGUGAAGUGUUUCAAUGAAUGUUUUCUACAGACUUUCUUACAUGACAUGGCAAUAAUCUCUUGUAAAAACUGAGCGGACAAGUUUGAAAUUGUAUGAAACAGCAGGAAAUAAAAUAUAGCCCGAGUGAA